UUGAAGAUUCUUGGCGGAAGUACAUUACUUCAUUGAGGCUGGAAGAAUAAAGCUGUUGCAGAUACUGAAUAUAUUUUCAACCCCUACACUCUGUUCUUAUUGAUUUAAAAGCAACAUAAGGACGAAGUGAAGUUUUAUCAAUGAUCUGUAUACUGCUGGUAGCCGGCCACGGCACCAUUUUAGAGACACAAAUUAAGAAUGAUGACACAGGCUUAUACAGCCACUUGACUGGAGUACCAAAGGCUUUACUUCCUGGAAUUGGAGGAAAGAAGAUCCUUGACUUUUGGUGGGAAACGGUCAACAUGCGACAGUUGUUCACAGAAGUAUAUUUGGUCACUAAUGCAGACAAGUAUAAGCACUAUGAGCGCUGGGCCACAGCCAAUGACUUCCCGGUUGAAAACGUUGUGAAUGAUGGCAGCACUACGUUGGAGGACCGCCUUGGAGCCGUGGCCGACCUGGAGCUGGUCAUACGCAGCCGCAAGCUGCAGGACGACAUCAUGGUGAUUGCAGGAGACAUGCUGUGUGCAGACCAGAACUUUGACAUUGCUCAAGUUAUCCGCUUCUUCAGGUCCGAGCCUGGAGAGCUGAUCAUAUACUACGAGCUGGAGGAAAGUGAGAAAAGCAGCUCCAGAGGCAUUGUGGAGGUAUUGCCUGACACUCACAGGAUAACUCGCUUCUUAGAGAAACCACAGGAAGUGCUCACAGCUUCGCGUCUGGCCAGCGUGGUGUUUUACUGCAUCCAGAGAGACACACUGUCCUACCUGUCUAACUUCCUCAGCCUGCAGCCUCAGGCCUCAGACAGGUCCUUCGGACGAUUCUGGGAGUGGCUCAUCAAUGAGAAGCAACUGGAUGUGUUUGGGAUGAAACUUCCAACUGGCUUCCAGCUCAUCGGACAAGUGGGCCUGUCAGACUACACCAAGUGGCUCACCCACUACUCCACCAAGCAACAGCACAAUCCUGCUAAACCAAUCACAUGCCGAUCCUUUGCCAGAGUUGGACUAAUGGGGAACCCUUCAGACGGCUUCAACGGGAAAACCAUCGCCAUGUCCAUCUGUAACUUCUGGGCCGAGGUCACUCUAGUGGAGAGCCAGACUUUGGUUUUAGUCCCUCAUCCACUCAAUGACCCCACAGAGUUUGGAAGCUUGCAAGAUCUGUUCUAUAUCAGCAGGAAGGAAGGGUACCUGGGAGGUCUGCGGCUGCUGCAGGCCACCUGUAAGAAGUUCUACCAGUUCUGCUCCAAACAGGGCAUUGCUUUGACAAAGCAGAACUUUACACUGAAGUACGACACCAACAUUCCUCGGCAGGUGGGCCUUGCUGGAAGCAGUGCCAUCGUCUCAGCUACCCUCAAAUGUCUUAUGAAAUUCUACAACAUCACCGACAAUGAUCUCCCAAAGCCAAUCCGAGCCAACUUCAUCCUCAACGUGGAGACUGAUGAACUAUUCAUCACUGCUGGUCUGCAGGACAGAGUUGUUCAGGUGUAUGAAGGCUUAGUCUACAUGGAUUUCAGCAAGAAGCUCGUGGAAGAGCAGGGCUACGGGUGCUAUAUUUCUCUGGACAUGAGUGGGCUCCCCUUGUUCUGGCUGGCUUACUUGAGCGACCCCAGCGACUCUGGACGCAUUCACAGCAACAUCAGACAGCGCUGGCUCAGUGGGGAGCCUCUGGUAGUCGAGGCCAUGAAGACGUUUGCUGAGCUCACGGAUCAGGCGAGGACAGCUCUACAGGACAGAGACUGGAAGCGUCUGGCUCAACUGAUGGACCAGAACUUCGAGCUGCGGAGGUCCGUCUACACUGAGGACUGUCUGGGUCCGGGGAAUCUCAAGAUGGUUCAGCUGGCGAGGCAGUUUGGCUCGGCGGUGAAGUUACCAGGCAGUGGGGGGGCUGUGGUGGGUCUGUGUCUGGAUGAAGAGAGACUGGUGGAAAUGAAGCAAGCUUUCCAGGAGGCAGGCUGUGUCUUCUGUGUCAUCGCACCAUACAACCCAUCUGCCAACUCUGACAGCGGCCAACACUAACCUCACUUCUCCUACAACUCAGUCAAGCUUCCCAAGGCCAGCUCAGGGCCAUCGGCUGUAUAUGACAGAGUGGCCCUCAAUGAGGCCCAAUGUCAUUUCAUAGGACUUAUUACAACAAUGCACAGCAAAGAUCAUGAUCAGUUACAUGGAGAUAAAUGAAAGCCAAGAAUCAAAAAAUAAUAAUCAGGGUUGCCAUUUGGAUCUUUACUCUUUGGGGAUAGUUUGUGUAAUCAUUUCUCAGAUUGAUGAAAUGAUGCUUAGUCAAACAUCAGGUUUUGCUUCACGUCCCCGGAUAAUGAGUGAAUCUGGGUUUUAAAGUUUUGUCGCAGAUUGUAUGAGAUUCAGGACAUUCGUGGUCCUUUUAAGGUGCAGCAUGUUAAUGACCUUGUGUCAAAUGUGUCAAUCACACCAAUGUAAAAAGUCAUUCUUUUUCUAAACGU